GCAAUAUCGAGCCAGUCUAGACUCAAGCUAUGCUCUUAUAAACACAACAAGGCACCCUCUGUACUUCUACCAAUGGCGCGCGUAGCAAUCGCAGGUGGCCUCGGUAAAUUCGGCCGUACACUCGUCGAAGUGCUGGCUGAGCAGGGCAAGCAUGAGACUUUUACCCUUAGCAGGAAGAAGGCCGCAGAAUCCACGCCCAAUGCCCAUGUGUUGCGUGUUGACUACACCAACGUCGAAUCACUUGCGCGGAUCCUGGAGGAGAAUCGCAUUGAUACUGUGAUUAGUACGCUUGGGUACCACGGCAACGCGCUCGAAGUCGCGCAGAUAAACCUUAUCCAUGCUGCUGUAGCAAGCACAUCCACCCGUCGCUUUAUCCCGUCGGCGUUCGCCAUCGCGUACCCAGAAUCCUCUGUCAAGCAUCUCCCGACGCUGACGCACUACUUCGCUGCGAUCUCCCUGCUGAAGACGUCGCGUUUGCAGUAUACCAUUUUCCUGAACGGCUGUUUUCUGGAUUACUGGGGCAUGCCGCACAUCAAGACGCACUUGUCGCCCGCGCCGUUCGCGGUUGAUGUCCAGCACAGGCGGGCUGCGAUUCCGGGCGACGGCGAGACGAGGGUGACAUUCACGUAUAGUUUCGACGUGGCGAGAUUUGUGGUGCGGAUGCUCGACGAAGAAGAAUGGGAGGAGGUUAGCAAGGUGGCGGGCGACGUGAAGACGUGGAACGCGUUUGUGCGUACUGCUCAAGAGCUUCUUGGCGAGCCCUUCGAUGUCUCGUAUGACACGAUCAGUGACCUUGAAGAGGGGAGGUUGACGGAACUGCCGGCUCAGGUAGACUGCUAUGGAGCCAUUCCCAAGCCGCAGUUCCAAAGCUUUAUGAGCAUCUUCUCAAGGUGGACGGCGGACGAGAAUGUAAGCUUUGUGGAGGGGACGCUGAAUGAGAGAUUUCCCGAAAUUGAAUGCUUGAGUGUGGAGAACAUGUUAAAGAAAUGUUGGGUAGGCAUCUUCUACCCCGCCUCGACUCUCACAACCACAACCACAACCACAACCACAACCACAACCACACCAAACGCCAACACCACUUCGUCACUGAAGAAAUCUACCGCGCCCUUCAGGUCACGAGAAAGCAUGGCACCGCCCCGAAAGAAGCGCAAGGUCCUCAGAGACCUUGCAGACACCUCCGGCGCAAAGUUAACUGCUAUCGAUCUAACGACGCACAACUCGCAGCAAGCUUCUCCGCUCUUUCGACUGCCUGCUGAGCUUCGGAUUAAGAUCUGGAGGUAUGCGUACGACGAUAUAGAGAUCGACAUCGAACCGAAGUGUUACCACAUGAGACUCUCUGAUCCGCUUGUUCUCAGCUAUAGCCCGAGGAGUGACAGUAUCGGCAAUCCCCCGGGCUUCGUGUGCAAGCAGCACUGGAUCGAGACAUCUGCGUAUGCUCUCGCGAGAUGCACCUUCCACUUUUGUGACCCAGUCAUUUUCUACGCAUUUGUGAAGUCUGGCGACCCUAUCGUCCCUCACGUACAAAGAGUCUCGAUCGACUUUGAGUUGAGCGAUGAAGAGUCGUCCGAUACCGCAAAGAAAUGGGCAAAGGUGCUCUCGCUCAAGUCUCUUGUAGGGAAGUUGAAGAGCCUGGAAGGAGUGGCCUUGGAAAUGGAUCUUUAUGUGGGGGAGGAAGAUCAAGAUGCAAUUGAGGAUAUGAUGGCUUCCUGGGAUUAUCGGGGACUGCCCGCGAUCAUUAGAUACUUCCAGCAGCACAAGUUGAAGGAAGAACGUACCUUCGUUGACGCCCGUCACCAACUCAUCGCCUUCGGGCUCGAGGAUACCAACGUUCCCGCCGACUGCUGGGUCAAGAACGUAGCUCGCAUGCACCUGCUAGACUACCAAGGAGACAUAUAUGCUAGAAACAGGUAUCUUCUCAAGGAAUGA